AUGACGGUAUACUCUUUCCUACGCCUCAUCGUGCGCAACGACGCCAUACGAGUCGACCCACCAGAGAUAUACAAUUUGAGAGUACUUGCAUUAGCAGCCUCAGCAUGCUUCGCUGGAGCAUUGUUCGGAGUUGAUGCAGGUAUUAUCGGCGGCGUCCUCCCAAUGCCAGACUUUAAGAGGUGUGUCAAAUUCACCCUCAGUAUCUACGACUCUUUCGGGAUGAAGACAUGCGAAUUUGAGAACAAAAUUCUAAUUCUGGCUUCCACAGGGAGUUUGGACUUGACAGCCGCCCAGCCAGUGCAGUAG